UAUUGUACCUCGUUCUACUAUGGUCUUCCCGAUUCUACACUCUAUCCUUUAAGUAAAGCUUUUAACUCUGUUGCUCAUCUAGUUGCUCGUGCCCCUUUCGUUUCUCAUAUAUCUCCAUAUCUUGUUCUCUUGCACUGGCUACCUAUAAAAUAUUGA